AUGCGCCUCGCUUACAUACUCGUCGUGCUGAUAGCGGGCACUCUCCACGCAAAUAGCAAUGCGUUCCCUGUAGUCGCGGAUGCCAAGACCAUGAUCAAAAACGGAGGCUCACCGGAUAUUUUCGCCUCAACCCACACGGAUGACCAUCGUCUGCUACGCCGUGUCGAAAAUUACGAGGGUGUGGUCGAGGAAGAGGGAGGAGGCUUCAAGGACAAACUGAAGGCUGUUGCGGAGAAGCUGAACCCUGUCAAAGCUGCGGAAAAGGCCAAGGACAAGGCUAAAGAGAUCAAGGAUAAGGUAUUGGAAUCCGACUGGGACAAGUUGGUCAAGCAUUUACAGAUUCAUGGAGAUAACAAAGGUUAA